UCUAUUCAAUUCUAUUCUUCCUCCUCUGUCUGUAUUGUUGUAUUCAAUCUGUUGAUCUGCACGCUUCUUCAUAGUUCUUCUCUCUCCAUUUUCGUGCUUAAAGCAGUUUUCAAGAAAACAUGGAAUCGAAUCAUGGAGGAGGGAUUCAGCAAUUGCUUGCUGCUGAACACGAAGCUCAGCAGAUUGUCAAUGCUGCUAGGACCGCAAAAAUGACAAGACUGAAGCAAGCCAAGGAUGAGGCUGAAACAGAGAUUGCUGAGCACAAAACCAGUACAGAGCAAGGUUUCCAGAGGAAACUCGAAGCGACAAGCGGAGAUUCAGGUGCAAAUGUGAAGAGGCUUGAGCAAGAGACUGAUGCCAAAAUCGAGCAAUUGAAGAACGAAGCUUCGAGAAUUUCUAAAGAUAUUGUGGAAAUGCUUCUGAAAAACGUGACCACAGUGAACAACUGAAGUAUAUCCACAAGGAAACCAUCGACUGUAAAAUGGUGUGAAGUGUAAUUUUUGAUUUGGGUGGAUUUGUUCAUUCCUUUCUUUAUAUUGUUUUGUGGAUCACAGAUUCCAACUGUUGCUUUUGAAUUUCAAUUUGUGUCUUGAAUUAUUGUAUUCAUCUCUCCAGAAGUUGCUUAGGACUUUCUGUGUUUGUAAUAAGAUUGAGAACAAAGGAUCAAUUCAUUGCAUUUUGUCUCA